AAUAGGUGUUGGUGGGCAGAGAGCACAGUAGAUUCUUUCUGAAUUUCUUUUGAAUUCUGUUCCUAUAAUUUUUCUGGUGAUUUUAUUGAGUUAGUAUCUGAGGUGUUUCCUUCUUUUUAAAUUAUGGAUGGUGAUGGAUAACGGUUGGAAGCCAAGUGGACUAUUUUAAGAACUUCCUUCAAUACUAGAAAGAUGACCUUUGGCUAGCUACUCUGACAGUGUCCAGCAAUCAAGUUUCACUCACCUAAGGGUAGAAGGGCUUCAACUUGAUCUUCUGAGUUGAUGAGUAUUUCACAAUAAGCUCAUUCUGGUCCAUUAACUUCAUUUCUCAAAACACAGGUUUAAAAGGAGUGUUUCCUGGGGGAGUUACCACCAAAAAUUGGAUUCAAUUCACUAAAAACAUUCAAAGCUGAAGAUGAUACAGAUGUUGAAGAAAAUCUUUUUUUUUUGUAUUGUUGUAUGGUUAUGUGUGUGUGUGUGUGUGUGUGUGUGUGUGUGUGUUUCUGUCUGUCUAUAUGUCAUUUGCACAAGUGCCUGUGUGUGGGUACACGUGCCUGUGUGUGCAUUUUGAGGUCAGAGGAGGAUGUUGGGUGUCUGCUUUACCACACUUUGCCUUUUAAAGACAGUCUCUCACUGAACCUGGAGCUACAACAGAAGUUAGCUAAUCCCAGCUACCCCUCCAUCACUGCCCCCACCCCCCGCAAAACCCUGGAGUUACAGGGUUCAUGCUCAGCUUUUUACCUGGGUGCUGGGGAUUUGAACUCGAUCUCCUUGUGAAGAAUGCUAUCUUACACACCAAGCCAAGUUUUGGCCCCUGCAUGUUACUUUUAAAGUAAGUAGGUGAUAAAUGUUUUAUACAUUGAUUUGAUCAGCAGUGUUAGACUUACAUGAACCUCCUUUUCUGUUCUCCCCGUGCCUUUCCUGAUUUGUUUAGAGAAUAAAAUAAACACGGUGAAUGAAAUAACUAAAUAGUUCAGGAAAACUGGUGUCUCCUUUAGUGUCUCACCAGGUUCUUUAGUGGGAACAAAUAUAGAUUGCCCUUUAGGUGAGAAGUUGGAAGACAUCUCCAGGGGCAACUACAUCUAUAGGUCAAUGAUACAGAAAAAUAACUCAAACCUUUCCCUGGGAAAUUGUGAAUAGGAGCCUUGCAUGGAAUCCAUGUGGGUAUGGUAUUGUCAACAGGAUGCCUGUCACUCCAAGUUCAUUUCUCUUUUAAAGAAUUCAGCAAAUGUUUAACGAGUGCCUGUUAUUUGAUAGAUGCCUUCCAGGUAUCUGGGGACUGCAGAAAAGGCCACACCUGAGUGCAACUUUCAGUCUGGUUAAUUACCACACCGCCAGCAUACUGCCUAGGGAGUUGUACCCUGUCAUAUUUUCCCAGUUGGGAAUUAGCAGGCCUGGCUCCUAUGUGGAUAGUAAAUCUGGUGCCCUUAGAUGGCAAGUUCCCCAACAGCUGGAGGGUGAGGUGGUGAUUAUUAAUGAUAGAAUUAGAGUCAAGAGAGGAUGGAAGAUACCUAGCCUGCAGCUGCUUGCUUCGCUGUGUGGUGACGCAGAGACCCGGGUCAACCGUGAAUUUUUACCACCAACGCUGCUUCCGCAAGGGCACUUUGUCAAGUUCUCGAGCCACCUGACAACACAGGAAUCAGGGACAUCUCCUCAAUCUUCUCUUUGUCCUCAUUGGCUUUGUCAACAAGUGUUUUGGAAGGGCCCUCAUCCUUGCAGCUUGGUCCAGCCCUUCACAGUCAGUUGUGCUGUCGUUUUAAAAAGGAUGAGAACAACUUCUCAGACAACUGUGGCCACAGCAAAGCAGCAAGAAAGAAGCAGGCAUCCCUGGAGCAGAGUCCACACACUGCUGAGAUCCGACGUAAACCUAUGGUCUCUCCACUCUCCAGGGGGUUGGCUGUUUCUCACAGCCCUGGCAAUGAUGGUGGUUUGGUUUAGUGCCAUAAGGCCUCAGGAGCAACAUCAGGGAAUAUGCCACUCAGCUCUGGAUGCCCCUGUGCCCUUUGUCACAGUCUACAAGACAGGAGCUGAGGGCUAUCGGUCACCUCUUUGUGGCCCAUGUCGUAGGCCCAUGUUUGUUCUGGAAACCAGGAUCUGCUGCCAGAGCAGUGCAUGCCAACUGCCAGGACUUGAGACCAUUCUCCUUCCAGCAGAAGGAACACCCAAGGAAACCCAUCACCAUUAUCCUGGCCUGAUGGCUACCAGGCCACUUGCCUCUCUCUGGCCACACCCACGACACUACCUCUGCAGGGAGGAGUUCACCAGGAUGCACUUUAAUGGCUGUGUUCUUGUGGUUUUCAGAGGGAUUCUCUGAUACUCGGUAAUAUUGACAAUACGUGAAUGAUAAAAUCUCCCCACAGAUACUUCAGCUAAUUGCUCCUUCUAGGUAAAGGAUGGCCCCAUUUCUGGGUCUGUCUGAUCAUGACUUUUCAUUUUCUGCCAUAAAUGAACCUAA